AGUCGGAUGUGGCUGGGAUGGUCGGCAAAACGGAAAAAGACUCGAGUUGGAGCAAAGAAAGUUUCACAAUGGAGAUUUGCAUAUUAGCGCUGUUUACGCUCUUUUCUUCGUUUUACAACGUUUUGGCGCUGGCACCAAAAGGCGCGUGUCUCCUUCAAGUGGACGAGGGACCUUGCAGAGGAGAAAUCGAGCGCUACCACUACAAUACUAUCACCCAAAAGUGCGAGAUUUUCUACUAUGGAGGGUGCCAAGGGAAUGCCAAUAACUUCAAGAGCUAUCAGGAGUGCCAUAAAACAUGUUUCAGAAUACCAAAGAUUCCCCAAAUCUGCAGGUUUCCCAAAGAGGAGGGGCCCUGCCGAGCCCUCUUUCACCGCUACUUCUUCAACAUGACCACCAUGCAGUGUGAGCCCUUCUAUUAUGGUGGCUGCCAGGGAAAUUCAAAUCGCUUCCAAGACCUCACUACAUGCAAGGAGUACUGCAAUCCAAGAAAAAAUAUUCCUGUGCUCUGCCUGGACCCUGUGGACAAAGGGAGGUGUUCAGCCUCCAUUCCUCGCUAUUACUACAACAAAGCCACCAAGAUGUGCGAGGAGUUCAUCUACUCGGGCUGUGGAGGAAGCAGCAACAACUUUGUCUCGAGGCAGAGCUGCAUGGACGUGUGUGCUAAAGGAGGAAAAAAACUCACAAGCCAACGAAAAGGCCGUCGCAUGAGACGGAAUAGAAAUAAUCGCAUCAGUUUCUUGCAGGCGUAGACAUCUGACGCUCAGGGACUCACUUGGACAAGCCCUUAUCGGAAACUAACACUCAGUAAACUGACUUAUUCCAAAAAUGACGACCAGCUCCACCUUUCUGUUGCUGGAAGAGCUUUAGUGGCACAUACACACAUUUCCACUGUAUUACUAUGUAAUGCUUUAUGAGCAAAAUCAACUGUGAUUUCACUGUAUGCUGUUGAAGUUUGUUACUACUGCACUAAUGUGUUUUGAUACUGUAUAUGUAUUUUUUUGUAUUAGUAAAACCUUAUUUUUGUGAAGUUUUAUAUAUGCCUGUUUUACAAGCACAUUUUUUGUUAAAAAUAAACAGUAUUUUAUGAA